CCACAACUGUAAAAAUAAAACCGAAACGGCUCACACAAAGCUUUUCAGUCAGUUUGACACGAAAACGAAAGAAAAAAAAAAAAACGAAGAAACGUUCAAAUGUGCAGGAAUUCAAGGACUCGCCAUUAGAUCAUUCCAAAACCCUAAUCUCUCUCUCUCUCUCUCCCAAAAAUGGCGGAGCUGAGCUUCAAUCUCCUCCACACUCUCGAUCCCAGGAGGGAUGCUUAUGGAUUUGCUUUGAGACCGCAACACACACAAAGAUAUAAAGAGUAUGCUAAGAUCUACAAGGAGGAGGAAGGGGAGAGAUCAGAUAAGUGGAAGGAAUUCCUUGAACGACUUGCAAUAUCUGAUCAACCGUUCUCGUCUGAUGAGGAAUAUAAAGAGACAUUACAGGUUGAAGCUACUGAGUGCAAAGUAGAGACUGUUUUAGAGAGUGAGGAAAGUGAUGAUUCAAGUGGUAGGAAGUCAAUCUCUGAUGGUUCGAAGGAAAGAGAUCUUGAAAAGGAGGUGCAUCAUUCAAAAGAAACAAAGACGCAUGAGGUCCAAACAUGGGCUCAGAUAAGACCAUCCCUUGGUGCUAUUGAGAUUAUGAUGAGUUCUCGAAUUCUGACGAGAAAGGAUAUGAUAGAUGAGCAGAAAACUAUAAGCAGGGAUCAUCUUCCAUCUAUAGAAGAGGCAAAAUCCCCAGAAGGGGCUUCUGAAGAAGAAUUUGACGAAGACGUUUAUGUUAAUGCCACAUCGGAUGACAAUGCGAAUGCUGCCGGGACAGUAACUGCAGAAGUUGAUGAGGUCUCUCCCAAAAAUUUAUUUCCUUUGAAAGAAGAAGUGGAGUUCCUAGUCCGUGGGGGAGUUCCCAAAGAUCUCAGGGGAGAGGUUUGGCAAGCCUUUGUAGGUGUAAAGACACGGAGGGUGGAGAGAUAUUACCAGAAUUUGCUGGCGCAAGAAGCUAAUGAUGGGGAAUGCAGGGAGCAUGAGGACUCAUCUGGUGUACCCAAGAAAUGGAAAAGGCAGAUUGAGAAGGACAUACCACGAACGUUCCCAGGUCAUCCUGCUUUGGAUGACAAUGGUAGGAAUUCCUUGAGGCGUCUGCUUUUUGCAUAUGCUCGACAUAAUCCCUCUGUUGGGUACUGUCAGGCAAUGAAUUUCUUUGCUGGUAUACUGCUUCUUUUGAUGCCUGAGGAGAAUGCCUUUUGGACUUUGGUAGGCAUUAUUGAUGAUUAUUUUGGUGGCUACUAUACGGAGGAAAUGAUUGAAUCUCAGGUGGACCAACUUGUGUUUGAGGAACUGAUGCGUGAAAGAUUUCCUAAAUUGGUUAAUCAUCUGGAUUACUUGGGAGUGCAGGUAGCAUGGAUAUCUGGACCCUGGUUCUUAUCCAUUUUUGUGAAUAUGCUUCCUUGGGAAAGUGUUUUUCGAGUUUGGGAUGUUCUUCUAUUCGAAGGAAAUCGGGUUAUGCUGUUUCGAACAGCACUUGCUUUAAUGGAGUUAUAUGGUCCUGCUUUAGUUACAACUAAAGAUGCUGGGGAUGCAAUUACUUUGUUGCAAUCCCUUGCUGGCUCUACAUUUGAUAGUAGUCAGCUUGUUUUAACUGCCUGUAUGGGUUUUUUGGCUGUAACUGAGGCUAGAUUGCAAGAACUGAGAACAAAACAUCGGCCAGCUGUACUAGUAGUAGUGGAAGAAAGAUCAAAAAGGGGUCGAGUUUGGAAGGAUUCUAAAGGGCUUGCAUCUAAACUGUAUAGUUUUAAGCAUGAUCCUGUAUCACUAAUAGAAGAAAAGAAAUCCACUGAAGGAGGUGAUAAUCUUGCAGAUGAAAAUAAAUCUCCUUUAAACGGGACCACUAAUUUGGAUGGAUUGCUUAAUAGCCUAAGUGUUGAUUCAGAAUUAGAUUCUCUACCAGAUCUUCAAGAACAGGUGGUUUGGUUGAAGGUGGAAUUGUGCAGGUUGCUGGAGGAGAAAAGAGCAGCUGUCCUCAGGGCUGAAGAGCUGGAAACAGCACUUAUGGAGAUGGUCAAACAAGAUAAUCGAAGGGAAUUGAGCGCAAGGGUUGAGCUAUUGGAGCAAGAGUUAGCAGAGCUAAAGCAAGCCCUUGCUGACAAGAGGGAACAAGAAACUGCAAUGCUGCAGGUCCUCAUGCGGGUAGAGCAAGAGCAAAGGGUUACUGAAGAUGCUCGAAUAAGUGCGGAGCAAGAUGCAGCUGCCCAGAGAUAUGCGGUUCAUGUGCUUCAGGAAAGAUAUGAGAAGGCUUUGGCUUCAAUCGCUGAGAUGGAAAAGAGGGUGGUUGUUGCAGAAUCAAUGUUGGAGGCUACCCUGCAAUAUGAAUCUGGCCAAUCGAAAGCACAUGCUUCUCCACGGUCCACUCGUAAUCAAGACACUCCCACAAGAAAGACAGGUCUAUUGUCAUUUGGACUUGGUUGGCGUGAUAGAAACAAGGGCAAACCAACUGAUGUUAAGGAGUCCAAUUUAAGUCAUUCCCCCAAUGAGGGAAUGGACCCAAGCUCGUCAGAGAAAGAAACAAAAAACGAGCAGAAGGAAACUUAGUGGGGAAUUGAAGUGGUAGACUCAAUGCAAAGACUUUCUUAUAAUGAGCUCCUAAUGCCCAUGUUCUUAAUUGUUGUCCUGUUUAGUCACUAUCGUUCCUAUUGUAAUCAUCCAAUGGGAAUUGGAGUGUGAAGGGCUAUCUAUCUGUACCAUUGUCAAUUUGAAUUGAUACAUCAAUUCCUUUUCUUUUCUUUUUUCUCCCUCACCUAGUCACUCUUUAAGUGUACAGAAAAUAAUUAGAUUCAUUUUUAUUAGAACAUUUAUUUUUAAUAAAACAUCAUCACCGUCCUAGAAAGAGACUUUGUUUAAGUCAAA